CCUCUGCAGCUCUGCUCCACUACUCUGUGUCUUUGCUUGUCAUAUAAGUUGCUCUCGUUGUCGUUCCAUUUCGCGCUUCGCGUGAGUUUCCUCGAAGGUUUUGGUGCCCAAAAACCCCACUCUCAGAAAUGGUUCCAGGGAGGAAAACACAGACGUUUAUUAUUAAUGAAAGUGCAUCUUCUUCUCCAAAUCCAUUGAGUAGCUCUGUCUCCACCAGAAAUUUGGGGAAGAGUCAGCUGGGUGGGGUCAUUUUUGGUUGCACGAACAGCACCAUAAAAGAAUGUUUCUUUAAACAACUCUUUGGCUUACCAGCUCAACACUUUUCAUAUGUGAAGAAUAUUGAUCCUGGCUUGCCCCUGUUCCUAUUCAACUACAGUGAUAGAAAACUCCAUGGAAUCUUUGAGGCUGCUAGCACUGGCCAAAUGAAUAUUAACCCUUAUGGCUGGACCACUGAUGGUUCAGAGAAAACAUUAUAUCCUGCACAGGUUCAAAUCCGUGUCCGCCUGCAGUGCCAACCACUUCUUGAAAAUCAGUUUAAACCUAUAAUUGCCGACAACUACUACUCUCAGACCCAUUUCAGAUUUGAGCUAGACCAUGCUCAAACAAGAGGGAAAGGUAAAGGGUUUAAGGCACUUGCUUUGGAAAUUGAGCAUUCUGAUCACUCGAGUCAGAAAUCGGAUUCUACAGAUGUUGCUUCUUCAUUUGAUGAAGACAACCGGCCAUUGGAAGCUGAAUUAGAUGCAAAGUUAGUCGAACAAGAUGAGAAAAAUGUCAUAUUAAUGAAACUGAAAGAAUUGGCUCUUCGCUGUGAACAUCAAGACAUGCCUGUGUUGGGUUUUGUAGACGAUACUGCUGUUAUGAAUGGUAUUCAAUUGGAAGACAAAACAUUUCUAGGGAAGCCAACAGGUGUAGAAGAGAAAAAAGAAGAGAGCCCCCAUUCAUCAGCUGAGUGUCAGUCAACCAUAGCUCAGUUGAGUCAAGAGGUACAAGAGCUAAAGGCUUUUACUGAAGAACAAACUCAGAAGAUGCGUAUUUUGGAGCAGAAGCUGAUGGAGGCUGAAAUAGAAAUUCAGCAGUUGAAAGAUCAUUGUUGUGUGACGUUGGAACCUGUGUCCAGUCCUACUGAGGCACUUGUUAAUGAGAUGGUUAUUGAGGAAGUUGAUGAGCUGCAUUUGGAUCCUAAUGAGUCAAUAUUUCUAGUAGGAGGAUAUGAUAGUGAAUCGUGGUUGUCAGCAUUGGAUACUUACUAUCCUUCUCAGGAUGUGAUAAAAUCUCUUAGGCCAAUGAGCUCUGUCCGUUCAUAUGCUUCAGUUGCACAGUUGAAUGAUGAGCUUUACGUAUUUGGUGGUGGAGACGGUUAUAUGUGGUAUGACACAGUUGAGUCAUACAGACCAGCUAAUGAUCAGUGGACCUUGCGCCCUUCACUGAGUCAGAAAAAGGGAAGUUUAGCUGGAGCUACUCUAGAUAACAAAAUAUUUUCCAUUGGUGGGGGGAAUGGUGUCGAAAGUUUUUCAGAUGUUGAAAUGCUUGAUUUAGACAUUGGAAGAUGGAUCCCAACGCAGUCAAUGUUACAAAAGCGGUUCGCUCUUGCUGCAGCGGAACUGAAUGGGGUGCUUUAUGCUACUGGUGGAUAUGAUGGGAACGAUUACUUGAAGUCUGCUGAGAGAUUUGACCCCAGAGAACAUUCUUGGACCAGAAUUGCGAGUAUGGGUACAAAGAGGGGCUCCCAUUCCCUGGUUGUUUUGAAUGAAAAACUGUAA